AUUCAUCUCAAUAAUCUAUAUUGAUCUUAAAGAAUCAAUUUUUUCAAAAAUUUAUAGUGAGGGAAAAAGAGAGAUUAUACAACUUUCAUUUGAAAUAUUUUUUAAAAUACUUUUUUUUCAAAAUAUUCUAUUGUUCUCAUUAAAAUGUGACACUCAAUGUAAUGAAACAAAUUACUAAAAUAGAUGAUUUUAAUUAAAAAGAAUUAAUAUAAAAUAUAAGGAAAUCUAUACAUGUUUUCAAUAAAAUAAUAUACCGAUUGAUAAAAUUUUCUAUAAAUGUUCGUCAUUUUGUCACCUGAUCGCGCCACUAAGCACUCUUGCUCCACGUGGAGCGUGGAGCACGCGAAUCAGUGAUCAAUGAGUGUCACGUGACUUGUGCGCGUCCUUUCUUGGUUGUGAGUGGAAGGAACGUUCUUUUUGUAGCAGUGAAAUAUCAGACGCAUUUAUUAAGAAUCAGUCAUGGCUAAUCCUAAUCUCACGGAUAUGACGGAGGAAGAUGCGGCGGAUUUGCAAUUUCCAAAAGACUGUUUAUUGAGUCCGACAUACGAGUCUGAGCAUGACGUAGAACUUGAAGUAUCAGUCUUGAAGGAUAAAAUUAUUGCCUCAGACCCGAUAUGCCGCGUGUGCAGGACUGUUCUUGUGGAACCGUAUAUUCGUUGCGCUGUGUGCACCGAGGUCGAAAUAUGUCCUCCCUGCUUCGCCAAGGGCUGCGAGAUCGAUGAGCACAAAAACGAUCACGACUAUGUGAUUAUAAAGAACGAAUUUCCCCUGAUUGACAGUAGUUGGAGUGCGAAGCACGAGCUCCAAUUGUUGGAUGUCCUGCAGCAAUGUGGCUUCGGAAAUUGGAUGGAUGUAGGACGUAGGAUGCACGUAAAGUCUGCUGAGGAAUGCAAAACACAUUACUUGCAGCAUUACGUAGACAAUCAGACUCUACCGGGUCUGCCGAAAAUCAAGGAGAGCAGAGCCAGCUUAUUUAGUUGCGAACCAAUACCUUACAUGUAUAAGCUGCAAGAUCUGGAGGAGCCACCCAGAUUUGCCCUAAACACAGUCAACAGCAGACUUUUAGCGGGCUAUAACGCGGCUAGGUCUGACUUCGAAGUGAAUUUCGAUAAUCACGCGGAAUCGCUAGUAUCUGAUCUCGAAUUCGACGAGUUCCAACCGGGCGACGACAAGUAUGAGUUAGGACGGGCCCUGCAAGUGGCGAUGGUGCAAGCAUAUAACAACAGAUUGAAGGAACGCAUGAGAAGAUGGAGGGUUAUACGCGAGCAUGGAUUAAUCUCAUUUCGCAAGGCCAUAUCGUCGAUACAGAGGUAUGAGAAUACGAUAACGAAACCGCUCGCGGAGAGACUGUUGAUAUUCAUGCAGCUUGUGGAUGGAAUGGAAUUCGACUUUCUCAUGGAGGGUCUUCAUCGUGCCGGCGAGGUUAAGAAUCACAUCAACAGGCUAUUGGAUUUCAGGCGAAACGGUCUUAAGCACUUCUACAGUGUACCCAUGUUCCAGAAGUUAAGUCAACUCAGGCAGGAGUAUGAGCGAGAAAGGAAGCAGUACAUGAACAAUCCGGAGUACAGUUGGAAAAGCUUAUUGCCUGACAAUGGUGCUAGCUGUAACAAUUCAAUUCUCGGAAACACACAACGCAAAAUCGCGCCCCCUCUCGCCAUAAAGGGUUUACCGGGAUACGAGAGACUGAAUACCGACGAGAAAGAGCUUUGCUCCGUCGUGAGAAUCGUGCCCGCCAAUUACUUAGACUUUAAACAAAUGUUAAUAACGGAAAGCAAGAAAAGUGGUUAUCUUAGAUUAGCCCAGGCCCGUGUUCUCCUAAAAAUCGAUGUGAACAAAACGCGAAAAAUAUACGACUUUCUGGCGGAACAGGGAUACAUAAAUAAACAAUGAUUAUUUUUAAGAAUCUGAUACAGUGUCGAAAUAUAGCGCGCAGCUUUGAUAAUAUGAAUUAGGCUUAAAUAAAUAGUUAAAUAAAGAGUUCAGUCCUUUUACAAAAAAUAA